CCUAUCAUGGCUGACCACCUCUUGCACUACAGUGACUCCGCAGGGGUCGGGAACCGGUUCGCCCGCAAAGGUGCUUUGCGCCAGAAAAACGUGCACGAAGUGAAAAACCACAAAUUCACCGCGAGGUUUUUCAAGCAGCCGACGUUCUGCAGCCACUGCACGGACUUCAUCUGGGGAUUUGGGAAACAAGGAUUUCAAUGCCAAGUGUGUUGUUUUGUGGUACACAAACGCUGCCAUGAGUUUGUCACCUUCUCCUGUCCCGGAGCCGACAAGGGCCCUGACACAGACGACCCCAGAAGCAAGCACAAGUUCAAGAUCCACACGUACGGGAGUCCCACCUUCUGCGACCACUGCGGCUCGCUGCUGUACGGCCUCAUCCACCAGGGGAUGAAAUGUGACACCUGUGACAUGAACGUGCACAAGGUGUGUGUGGUCAACGUGCCGAGCUUGUGUGGGAUGGACCACACCGAGCGCCGGGGUCGUCUCUUCCUCAAGAUCGAGGUCAGCGGGGACAGGCUACACGUCACAGUGGGUGAAGCCAGGAACCUGAUUCCGAUGGAUCCAAACGGUUUAUCAGACCCGUAUGUCAAACUCAAGCUCAUCCCAGACCCAAAGAAUGAAACCAAACAGAAGACCAGGACCAUCCGUUCAUCUCUCAACCCCCACUGGAACGAGUCCUUCAGCUUUAAGCUAAAAGCGUCAGAUAAGGACCGCCGUCUGUCCAUUGAGGCAUGGGACUGGGACCGGACCACCAGGAAUGACUUCAUGGGCUCCAUGUCGUUUGGAGUGUCCGAGCUCAUCAAAGCUCCCACAUGUGGAUGGUACAAGCUGCUGAACCAGGAGGAGGGAGAGUACUACAACGUUCCCAUCCCCGAGGUGGACGACGUCGACCUGGAGCUCCGACAGAAGUUUGAGGCCUGCCAGUUAAAUAUCCACUAUCUCAAGAAAGCCAAACUGGGCCACGGUAAGAAAAUGAUCACGCCGUCAGACCACCGGCGCUUCAGUCUGCCUUCAAGUAACAUGGACCGGGUCCGACUCAGUGACUUCCACUUCCUGGCCCUGCUGGGGAAGGGCAGCUUUGGCAAGGUCAUGUUGGCAGAGACGAAGUCGACAGAGGAGCUGUACGCCAUCAAGAUCCUGAAGAAAGACGUGGUGAUCCAGGAUGAUGACGUUGAAUGUACAAUGAUAGAGAAGAGGGUCUUGGCCCAGAGAGACAAACCACCUUUUCUCACGCAGCUCCACUCCUGCUUCCAGACUGUGGAUCGACUGUACUUUGUGAUGGAGUACAUUAACGGAGGAGACCUCAUGUAUCAUAUCCAGCGCGUGGGCAAGUUCAAGGAGCCACAGGCAGUGUUUUAUGCUGCAGAGAUUGCUGUCGGUUUGUUCUUCUUGCACCGAAAGGGAAUCAUCUACAGGGAUCUGAAGCUGGACAACGUGAUGCUGGACUCCGAGGGCCACAUCAAGAUAGCAGACUUUGGCAUGUGUAAGGAGAACAUGUAUGACGGCAUGUCCACUCGCACCUUCUGCGGCACACCGGACUACAUCGCACCAGAGAUUAUAGCAUAUCAACCCUAUGGAAAAUCAGUUGACUGGUGGGCUUAUGGAGUUCUUCUGUAUGAGAUGCUGGCAGGACAGCCUCCGUUUGAUGGAGAAGACGAGGACGAGCUCUUCCAGUCCAUCAUGGAGCACAAUGUCUCUUACCCCAAAUCCAUGACAAAAGAAGCAGUGUCCAUCUGCAAGGGACUGAUGACCAAACAUCCGUCGAAGCGUCUUGGCUGCAGCCUGGAGGGAGAGAGGGACAUCAGAGAGCAGGCCUUCUUCAGACGCAUCGACUGGGAUCGCCUGGCCAACAGAGAGAUCCAGCCGCCGUUUAAACCCAAAGUGGGCGGCAAAGGAGCGGAGAACUUCGACAAGUUCUUCACGCGCACUCAGCCCGUGCUGACCCCGCCCGACCAGCUGGUCAUCGCCAACAUUGACCAGAGCGAGUUCGCCGGCUUCUCGUACGUCAACCCUCAGUUCCUGCAUCCCUCCCUGCACAGCGUGGUAUGA